GCUUUUUUCCAACAGAUGCAAAUUGGUGUCACGGACGAUACCGAUGCGGCUUGUGGUCCCCACCAGGUCCGACUUAAGUUCGCGAGCAGUGCGCGAUUCCAUCGGGUGCUGGAAUUUGCCGUUGCCUUUUACCAAGUUGAGACGAAAGGCUGUUCUUGAAUUUGUGAUUUUCUCGAUACCAAGUGAGUAAGAGAGGAAUCGUAAUUCCCGCUCGGAUAGUGGAAGGCGCGACAGCAAUGGGUGCGAUGGCGGAGGAAGGCAAAGCAGUGCUUACGCCGAGUCAAUUCAAUUUGUGGAAGCAGAGGAAGGAUGCCGAGGCCGCUGCUAAAGCCGCGGAGGCGGCUCGUAAGCGGGAGGAAGACAUUGCUGCAGGGCGAGUGCGGAUGAAUGGUCGAGAGCUUUAUAAGCAUGAACCCUGGGUAUUUGAUGAUUGUCAGUUUUCUUAGUGCUUAGGUUGACAGGUGCACAGCACAACCGUCUCAGUUCGUUGAAAUUUGUGCAGCUUCACGUAGGUCAGUCUCCAUCGAUCACUUGACGGAGACAUUUCUAUACGUAUAUCUUCUUUUUGUUUGAUCAAAUCAUUUUUGAAUCCCUUAAAGUUCUCACUUGGGAUCAAUAUUCAAUAUAAUUAUCGGCAAUCGGGCA